GUGCUUAAGUUGUUUCCCGAACUGCUCUGGAAAAGGGCAGGAAUCAAAGCGGACGACGAAGGAGGCGGCGAGGGUUUGCGAUCCGAUCUCUCAACCUUUCCGGAAUCGAGAUCGAUGCAGGCGAAGGGGAGAAGCUGCGAAGGCCUGGGAGGAGGGAGAGGGAAAGGGAGACGGAGAGGGAAAAGUGGAGAGGUAGUUGCUACCGAGGAAGAGAAGGCAGAUCAGGAGAACUGUUUUCCGUCAAUGACAAUGAACGACAUUAAUCUUCCAAACAAUCUGCUUUUUGUUAAUGUAAGAUCAUCUGCUGACCAGACUCACUCAGAGGAUCUGGCAGUAUCAGCAUCAGAUCCACUGAUUAGGGUGAGGAAACCUUACACAAUCACGAAGCAUCGAGAGAAGUGGACUAAAGAAGAACAUGAAAAGUUUUUGGAAGCUAUUAAACUUUAUGGCCGUGCUUGGCGUCGUAUACAAGAACAUAUCGGCACAAAGACUGCCAUUCAAAUCCGAAGUCAUGCACAGAAGUUUUUCUCAAAGGUCGACCGCAAAGCAGAUACUGGAAAGUCGAUUGACAUACCUCCUCCGAGGCCAAAGCGAAAACCACUGCAUCCAUAUCCUCGUAAGCUAGGCCAUGGGUGCACUGCUACUGUUCCAAAUGCAAAGUCACCGGAGAACUCUUCCUUCACAAUUCCUUCAUUCUCCGAACAAGAGAGUGGUUCACCAGUCUCAGUGCUGUCUUUAUUCAGAUCUGAUACUUCUGGUUCAUUCUUCUCAAAGACUCGAAGCAUCUGUGCAUCACCAUCGUCAACUGUGGUCGGUUUAGACCCGAUGGACGUUUCAAUGAGUGACUCAGAGAACGGAUGUUGCUCCCCAACCUCAUCAGCUUUGAUAGACAACAAGAUUUUAGUGCUGGGCCUGGAAACUAGCAGCUCAACUAAAUUAGAUGAAGCUAUGCCGGUGCCCGACAUGGAUCCGAAGGAUAGCAACACUUCAGUUGAAGCACAACCUACGAGCGUUAAACUCUUUGGAAGAACCCUUCUCAUCUCCAACUCUGGAAAAGCAUGUUCCUCUAAUGAUCAGAAAACCAACAUGGACACCCAUAUCCAAGCUCCAUCGCUCGCGCACAUAUCAUCCUGCGAAGCUUCAUGCCGGCUCACAACAAGCAGUAUUGCACCGGAUGCCGCAGCGCAUUCUAUGUGCCACUUUCUGGAGUUCCAAGCUCAAGGUGUCCAAAUGAACUCCAACGCCGAAGUAUUUGCCCCAGUGCCCUUCUGGAGUUUUUUCGGAAGCAGACUAUCUCCUCUCCCAUUCACCACCACGCAACAAGACAUGAGGGCGAAAAGAAAGGCACCGCUGAACGCCACAGGACAUCUAACUAUGGAGAAAGAAAAUUAUAAUACUGAUACAAGCACAAGCUCAAGCUCAAAUUGGAAUGAAACUAAAACCGCCAUCGACGAUGUCAAUCGUUCUGUCGAAGGGCAAGGGGUUUCAGCAUUGCAGGUGCACAGAUGCAGCACCACCCGCAGACUAAAGAGAAGCAAGUACUCGGCUUUCUCGCCUGUCGAAACAACAAACCAGUACAUGAACAAGGAGCUCAGUGCCCUAACAUAAAAAAGUGAACAAUAACAGGGAUUACUCACCUACUUCAGUAGAUAGACAUGCUAACCAGAUGCUGUGCUGUAGGGAAAGAGUCUAUGACUGUGUUCCUUUUUUUCGCAUCUGUGAUUAAUUUUUUCUGGCGUA